AUUACUCGGCAGAAAUGUCCUUCACUAUGGAGGAUAAUUUAGAGUCGGGGUGGGUAGCAGUCCGCCCCAACGCGUUUGAGGAAAAGGAGAAGCACAAAUUUGUUUUCAUCGUCGCCUGGAAUGAGGUGGAGGGGAAAUUUGCCAUUACGUGUCACGAUAGGACGGUUCAGAGGAGAAGCUUCGGCAGGGAUCCUCUGGCGGAACUGGCCGGCCUGGAUGGGAACAAAACAAGAUGGCCUGAAAGUCCCACCAGGGAUCAAGUGUCUCGGAGUCCAAGUAAAGGAUGCAACCCUAAAACCAAGUCCGUCACAGCGACUAAACCGAGUCCAGUCAAGAGUCAGACGGAUGCAGAGAUGCUGGGAGAGGACGAGCUGCCCCCUUCAUUGGACUCUCUGGAGCUGCAGGAGCUGGACAGCCUGAGCAGAGAGGACUGCAGCUGGGCAGGACUCUUCUCCUUCCAGGACCUGCGGGCGAUCCACCUGCAGCUCUGCUCCGUGAACUCCGUCCUGGAGCCCUGCCUGCCGGAGUUUCCGGAGGAGCCAGCCGGGAUGUGGACGGUCCUGUUCGGCCCGCCGGGGGUGUCCGAGACCAAAAUGGACGAGCUGUGCCACGGCUUACAGGUGUACCUCGGCCACGCGCUCGAUACGUGCGGGUGGAAGAUCCUGUCGCAGGUUCUGUUCACGGAGAACGACGACCCAGAUGAGUACUAUGAGAGUCUGAGUGAGCUGAGGCAGUCCGGAUAUGAAGAGGCUGUCAACCGGGCAACGAAACAUCUGCAGGAGCUGCUUGAGAAGCACAAAUCCAUGGACAGCAUGGUGGAGCUGCUGGAGUUAUAUGAGGAAGAAGACCAGGCCUACGGAGGUCUGCUGGACGCUUCCACACAGCUGUACCAGUACCUGCUGCAGCCCUUCAGGGACAUGAGGGAACUAGCAAUGCUACGCAGACAGCAGAUAAAGAUUUCCAUGGACAAUGACUAUUUGGGUCCCAGGCGGAUUGAGGCACUAAAGAAGGAGGACACUGACUGGCAGAAGAAAGCUCAAGAGGCAGUCCUCAACAUCCAGGAGUUCACUGUAAAAUACUUUGAGAUCACUGCCAGAGCCCAGAAAGGAGUUUAUGAGAGAAUGAAGGUGGAUCAGCGGAAAUUUGGGAAAUCCUCUUGGACGGCGGCAGUGGAGCGCAUGGAGAGGCUGCGCUACUCUGUGGCCAAGGAAACCCUGCAGCUUCAGAGGGCCCGGGAGAUCUGUCUGGAGCAGAGGAAGCACACACUUCGAGAGGAGAUGCAGAGCCUGUGUAGCAGUGAGGAUGCGAUGGCCCUCUUGGACCACAUGGAGACACGGUACUAUGAGCUCCAGCUCCAGCUGUAUGACAUUCAGGCUGAGAUACUGCAGUGUGAGGAGCUGCUGCUCACUGCACAACUAGACAGCAUUCGCAGACAGAUGGCAGAGCGUCAGGAUGAGGUUGUCUAUUAUGACACCUUUGAAAGUGCAGACGAUAUAACGCAGAAUGAUACUGGAGAGAAAGAAGAGCUGCGCAGACUUCAGGUCAGCGCUCGACAGCUGGAAGCCAGAAGGGGGCGCAUCACUACCAAGCGCUCCUAUCUGCGGAACAAAAGGGAAAUCUGUGUAUCCAACCACACCCAGAAACAGCAGAGACGCCACACCAUCCUGAAGGACACAUUCUCCCACCCUGUCUUACAGCUUGGAAAUGAGAAGGAGGAAGAUGAGGAGCUGAAGAACAGCAGAGUAAGUCAGGAGAGGCAACGGACUCUGGACAGACUGCGCUCCUUCAAACAGCGGUACCCGGGCCAGGUGAUUCUGAAGUCUACUCGUCUCCGAGCGUCCCACAGCAGACGAAGGGAGCGAGGCAGAGCCACCGAGCUGAGCAGCGUUAGCGGGAGGGACGAGUGCGUGGACUCGGUCAGCGUCCAGACUCAGGACCAGCCGCUGUGCCUGAGCACCGGCGUGCAGACGGACCCCAGCGCCACCCUCACCACUCAGCCCGUUGCGACUCUGACGGCGCCUGUUCCUCCUCUGCCCGUCACCAGCCCCGCAGAUUCCUCCUGCUCCCCCUGCUCCCUCUCCUCUCUGCUGGCGUCCCCCAUCUCCCCUCCUCCACCGCCGCCCCCACCGCCUCCACCACCAACGAAGGAGGAUUUCUCUCCAUCCAGCAGCAUGGGUCAAUAUCGCCAAAUCGCUGAAGGGAGGAGCGUGGAGGAGGAGCUCAUGCUGUCACCACUCGGUCCGUUCAUCCCGCGCUUUUUUGACAGCAGCCAGCUGGUGAGCGCACGCAAGAACCUGAGGAAGACUCCAGAGUUUGACUCCCACAACAGAAGAGUGAGCUCACCUAUGGACGAAGUGCUUGCAUCACUGAAGAGAGGAAGCUUCCACCUGAAGAAGGUCGACCAGCGCUCUCUGCCUCCUGUCAAGGGCGACGAUGACCCCAAUAGCAUCCUGGCUCAGAUACGCAAGGGGGUCAAACUCAGACGCGUCCCCUCGAAGGACAGAAAAGACCAGGGAGAGCUCCCUGCAUCCACCGAUCCGCUGACCAGGAGCAUCCAUGAGGCGCUGCGCCGCAUCAAGGAGGCGUCGCCAGAGUCUGACUCGGAUGAUGACGGACUGACGGCCCCUGAUUGGGAAAACUAGGGUUCAGAUAAGGCAGCCACACAGAAAACUGCACACAGACAACACUCAGACUGUUCUGCACUGUAAAGUUCAGCGGCGUACUGUAAACACACACGUUCACUCAUCACCUGGUGAUUAAGCCAACGCCAGGGUCACAGGCCUUGUCACCAUAUGCUCCAGAGGCCUACGAUCAGCUUUACUUUGGAUUUUUACACAACAUUCACCAUCAUGACGGAGAGAUGGUCUUGUUUUUAUGGAUUUUACCUGUCUAAUCACUCUGAACGGUUGCCAUGUUUAUUUUUUCAUGUUUCUAUCACUUGUACUGUCAGAGGUCUGCACUUAACACUGGUCACCAACCCACUGAACUGACUGCUGGCGGACUGACAUGCUUUGUAUGGGAAGUUCACAGAACUGAGAGGGCUUUCAUUGCUGUGUUCAUCCAGGGAGCUUCGUGAACGACAGUGAGUGCAGGAAAAAAUAUGUUAGGAGUGCGCAGGGUAAUCUGGGGGCUUUGUAGGAGAUUUAAAAAAUGAAUACAUGAUUAGACAAAGAUUCAGACUGGGAUUACUGGAUUUACUGUCUAGAUUGGAAACCAUUACACCAUCAAACAUCACUCUCUUUUUUUGUUUUUGGACACUCUAAAAACCGCUGGGUGAAAAUCAUCUUACUUUGCUAAACCGGUCCUGGUUAUGGGUUAGUCGCAACAUACUGGGUUAGGAUUAAUAGGGCUAUGAAUGUUGCUACCAAAGAGCGGAUUGAAAAGAAUAAACAAUAAACUAGAUUAUUAAACAAUUUAAGUCUGAAUAAAAAGGACUUUGGCGGUUCCUCCACAACCGGCAAAUCUUGCAGGCUCAUGUGCUGGUGCCUGUCAACAAUAAAAAAACCAACCCCAUAAUGUCAAAGGACACUUGAUCGACAAUCAGUUCAGUUUGGAUAACCAAAUCUAUACUCAGUACAUAAAAUGUUUCCUUUGUAUUAUAUCUACCAUAUUAUAUCCCCUGCUAAAUACUCAGGAAUACAGUUUAUCUCAAGUAAACAAGCUCUCUGGUGUAACGUUUUACUGUUUAAGGCCUAACAAAUAGUUGGUGUCAAGGAUCUCUUCCACUGUUACUUUCUGGGUUAAAAGCUAAAACUGCUUCCCUAUGUGAGUGGAAGUUAUCAACACAACCCACUGACAUUAACAUUAUUAUACAGCAUAAAUCAUGCAUUCACCAUCUUGCCAUUUCUUACUUUAUUCUGCGGAAGAGACUCAGGGACGUUUGUUCAGGUCGUACAAGAAAUACAGUGAGGCUCCUUCUAAUCUCUUCUCUAACCAAGCGGACUGGGUCACAUGUUUGGUUAAAAACUUUCCAGAUUCCAUCCCAACAGCACAAACUCAUCAUCCGGGGUAUAUCAGCAACCACUUCGGCUGAGCCUCAUUCUCUGCUGUGGGAAUGUCAGGCUAUUCAACUACUGCUGCUGCUUUCAUAAUUAAAAUGCUUUUGUUGGCGACGUCAGAUUUUCCUCUAGUAUUCCUCUCUGGACUCCUCACCAGUGAGUUUUACUGUUCCCGGUCUCGGAUCUGAGGCUGUUAACUUUAAGAAGAAGACGACUGAAGGUGCUGGUUAUAGCUGAAGAUCACGAGGGUCCUGAUUAGUGGAUGUGUUCUCUGUGUUGAGAAGUGAACAUUUCUGCUGGUGAUUCCCAAACUGUGUGUGGGAUUGUAGAAGCUGAUCUAGUUACACGACUUCCAGUGACGGAUGUUCAGUGGGAGGCCAGAUUGCCCCACCGUGGGCUCAUGAUUUAUGCUCUUCCUCCUGCUUUCUUAUUCAUUUACUCUCUGCUCCUUCAUCACAUCUUCUCUUCCCUCUCACUUUGUAGGCAGUAGCACAAAGACAGGGGGUUAUUACUCUUAGACGUGAGAAUAUACACACGCACACACAGACAUCUAUUUCACAGCCAAUAUGUGUAAAGAUAUUUCAGCAGCGACUUGAGGUAUACGUUUCUCAGAGACAGUUUCAACCCUUUUAUGUCCGAUAAAAGUUUUCUGGUUUAAAUAAACGCUGAGGGGUAUAUCGCAUCUUUAGUAGUUUAAAAACACCAAGCAGCUUUAAUCAGACCCCAAUAUGUGCAACAUGAUCACUCAGACGCCGAGCAGCACAAUAAGACUCACAAAUGUGAAUUCACAAACGGAAGCUCAAACACUGAAAUAACUCCAUUUUGCACUGUGUUGAACAGCUGUGAUGCAGCGUAUUGUACUUUCUCUUUUAAAAUUCAUUCAUUAAUAAAUUCAGAUAAUAGUAAAAAAAAAAAAAGUAGCCCAAGUUAUUCAGGACUUUUCUGGAUACGUUGCCAGUGUGUUGAGUCCAUUUUUUUUAUUUAUCACUGUUAUUUUUAUUUAUUCCAGCUUAAUUGUUGAGGCUCGAAAUCUUUUGAGACGCCAAUACUGUCUCCAAAGUGUUGUCACUUUGGAGACAGUAUUGGCUGUUCACUACAUCAUUAAUAAAAUUGGUGUAGUGUACAGCCCUGUCUCUGGACAUUAGUCAUCCCAGCCCUGAAUGAGUGAAGCUGUUCUAGCCCUUCAUCUGGAGGGUCCUUCACUAAGAUACUUUGUUUUUCCAUCAGUCUCUCACCUGUGGAGCCAAUCAGAUGCAUGUUACAUAUGGCACCAUCUGUUCCUGUUACUUUCCUGGCAAAGCAAACUUGAAGAUCUGCUGCAUCUCUGUUUUAGCUGUGAAUACUAUGUUCUUCCACCCUUAUCAUGUAGCAUGAGACAAAGCUCUAAUCCCUGUCCUGAAUCUUUAUCCUUAGCUUCAGUUAAAUCUUACCAGGCUUAAUAAUGGCAGCAUAUAUUUUCCCCAUGUGAGUGUUAAUGUUUAGGUUGCUCUUUAGCUGUGGAGAAAGUUGCCCCAGAAGGCGUCAGCGUCCCUAACUUGCCUCAACUAAUGUUCCUGUCACUUACCUUCACCCGUAACUAACCUUAAAACUGCUUCUUUAUCAGCAGACUGUUUUUUCUUCUGCUGAAAUUGUUUCCAGCCAAAUUGUUUCGUGAUUGCUUUUCUUACGAAUAUUUUCCGUAAGCACCUGUUAUCCAUGCAGGCUGCGUAUGAUCCUUUGUUGUUCCUUUGAGACGAUGUGCAAUAUAACAAUAUGGAAGAAAAAAAGGGAUAAAAAAAAAUAUUGUACGGUUGAUAAUUAGAUUGAUUGUCUUAAACAAUGACUUAGUAAAUCCCUCGGUUGCUUUUACACCUUGUGAAGUGUUCACAAAUUGAUCCAAAUGUACCUUUUUGCCUUUUUUUUUUGUUGUGUCAUUUUUAUGUUUUCAAGUCUUUUUUAUUCUUAUUUCACAUCUUCACCCUUGCAUUGGAAUAAAUCCUUGUAAAGAAGCAGAGAUGGUCUCGAGUCAUUCACUGAGCCUUGCAUAAAUAUUCAUGCUCCCUUAAAUUGUUCAUAUUUUGGAACAAUUCAAUGAAUGCAUUCUUUAAUUGAAGAACAUUUUAAUGUACUCUGUCUGACAAACCCAAAGUAGUGCAGAACUGUGAAGUGGAAGGAAAAGUCAGCCUGGCUGUCAACAUCAUUUGCAUAUAAAAACCUCUGUUAUUUACUAAACACAUUGCACCUUCAUGUAAUGUAGUAUAAAUCCAGUUCUUCUGUGUAGGCCUGGGAAAAAGACUAACAUUGCACAUGACAAACUACUCACACAUGGUGACGCUAGCAUCAUGCUGUGGAGAUGCUUUUCUUGAUCAGGGUCAGGGAAGUUACAAAACAUUUGAGACUGCAGGACAGCAACACGUAACAAGCAGCCAGAGUGACGAUGGUGUGGUUUAGAUCAGGGUCUGCAAACCCUUACAAUCCACCGAGCCAUUUUUUCCCUCACUCCAGGAAAAUGACACUUGAUUAGAAAUGCAAAUGUUACCUGCCCUUUGAAUAAAAACACAACCAACAUUUUUUGAUACAUGUCUUCUAUAUGAUUUUUUUGUUUUGUUUUGUUCUUAAACAGCAUUGUAUUUUUGGCCACUGAAAUAAAGAAAAAUAUAUUUGCAUAAAGAGCCUGGAUAGGUUUUGAUAUUGGUUUUCAAAAAACAUGAAUUUCAGCCUAAUGACAAGAAAAACACACCUCAAAAUAUUACUGGUACUUGAAGUCAUUCUGUUGAAAUUAAUUGCAGUUAUCCCAUACAAAACUACCAACUAUCAAUUAUUUUUAUAUCUAUAUCUAAAAACAUUAGUUGUUUCUUUAUCAGUAGCCCAAGUUAUUAGGGGCUAUAGUGGGAAGUCGAAAGAGCCAGUUGUGGCUCUGGAGCCACAGGGUGCAGACCCCUGGUUUAGAUCGAAGCGUAUAAGUAUGAUAGAAUGUCCUAGUCAAAUUCCAGACCUAAAUCCAAUUGAGAUUGUUUUCCUUCCAAUGCACACUUAUGCACUUUUGUUGUAUCUAUGUCAUAAAAUCCUUAUAAAAUGUAUUUAUCUUUACGACAGCAAUCCGAUAAAAUAGAAAAAUGAGAAGCCUGGUAGUAUUUAUGUGUUCAAAAUAUUCAUGAGCCUGAUGUGGUGAGAGCUGGAUUCUGAAUGAAUGUUGAAAGAAAACCCAUAAUCUCCAAGUUUUAGAUUUUACAAGAGAAAUUAAGGUUUUGGAAAUCAAAUUUGUGUUUUAAAAUUAAAUGAACAAUGUAGAACAAUUUAUUCCAGUGGUUUUCAAACUCAUCUAAGGUGGUCCUGAAGAGGUUUUGCAAACACAAUAAAAGGUUAAAUAAUCUCAAUAUAUUUAUUAAUCGAUAUCUGACCAGUUCAGGUUUGCUCAGUUCAAGUAAUUCUAAAUGUGAAAGUCCUUUAAUUUAGCUCCAAAUGGGAAUCCUUGAAUCAGAUGCUAAAUACAACAUGACAGGCAGGCAUCAAUGUAAACCCUCAGCUUGUUUGGGGUGCGACGGAGCGAUAGCUACCCAAACCCCUCAUCCUGGGCUCGUGUUGCCCCUGGACAAAAUGCUGCCCUGAGCAGUGAACUUCAUCUACCAUAUCAUCACAGCUUUAAUUAACCAGGUGGGCCUCUUGACCUGUUUUCAACCAUAACGUUUAACAAAACCUCUUUACCUGCAAACGACCAAAUAUCACCAAUCUGAGAAAUCUCGUAAGCCUGAGGUACCUCUUUAAUGUCAUGAGUUCAAAAUUACUUUAAAUAGUCAAAAAUAUUGCCAGUCUUCUCAUACCUCUAAAUACAAUGUUAAUACCUACACUGAAAUACCAUAAGUUACAAAAACAGGAGAAUGAAAAGCAUUUUAUCCACUACUGUACAAAGGCAUUCAUUAACAAUAGCAUUAAUAUUAAAGUAUUUCAUCUCUGUCACUCCACUCUACACAUACAUCAGACAGAAAAUAAGUAACAUUCCCCGUUUUACAUGAGUCUUAUUCCAGUGUAUUAACCUGUGUAACUAACUACAGAAGGUUUCUUAACUACAUAAUUAUACUGUGCUAAUGCUAAAUGCAAGUCUGUCGGCAUAUAAUGGAGUUACAACGGUGUCAUAACAGUGCAAACAGGGCGCUCAGAUAGAUAUAAGACCAGCAGCACCUUGUCGAGAUACAGCUCUGUAAAAAAAAAAAAAAAAAA